AUGUGGUAUAGUAGUGAGAAGCAGAGAUGUCCUGCUUCCGGAUUCUGGAUUCUGGAUUCUGGAUUCUGGGUUCUGGGUUCCGUAUUCCGUAUUCCGUAUUCCGUAUUCUGGAUUCUGGAUUCCGGAUUCCGGAUUCUGGAUUCUAGGUACCGUAUUCCGUAUUCCGUAUUCCGUAUUCCGUAUUCCGUAUUCCGUAUUCCGGAUUCCGGAUUCCAUAUUCUGGAUUCUGGAUUCCGGAUUCUGGAUUCCGGAUUCUGGAUUCUGGAUUUUGGAUUCUGGAUUCUGGAUUCUGGAUUCUGGACUUUCCGGAGAAUAAUAAUAGCGUUGUAA